AAACCGAUCCAUUCCUACAUUCUUCUAACCAGUCGUCAAAUAAUCAUAAUCCUAAGCCAAAUAUAGUACUUAUAACCACAUAAUCCUGGUCUUAAUUAAUCCCAAACCGAGAAAAACAAGAAUCCGUAGAAAACAAAUGCAAACCCAUACUGGCUCAAUGGAGUCUAUUGUUUCGGAGCUCGAAGGAACACUUCUAAGGGAUCCUGACCCCUUCUCUUACUUCAUGUUGGUAGCAUUUGAGGCGUCAGGUUUGAUACGGUUUGCCGUGUUGUUAAUGAUGUGGCCGGUGAUCCGGUUUCUGGAGAUGAUAGGUAUGGAGGAAGCCGGGCUUAAACUGAUGACUUUUGUUGCUGUUUUUGGUGUUCCGAAAUCAGAGAUUGAGUCCGUGUCUCGUGCAGUGUUGCCAAAGUUUUACAUGGAUGAUUUGGAUACGGAGGCUUGGAAAGUGUUUAGCUCAUAUGAUAAGAGGGUUGUGGUGACUAAGAUGCCAAGGAUUAUGGUGGAGAGGUUUGUGAAGGAGCAUUUGAGAGCUGAUGAAGUUAUUGGCAGUGAGCUUCUUGUAAACCGAUUUGGGUUUGCUACCGGCUUUGUUAAAGGUGAAGUUAACAUAUACAGUCGAGUGGCCAAGCUGUUUGUGGAUGAGGAACAACCGACAUUAGGGUUGGGAAGGCCUUCAUCAUCUGGUUCUUCAUUUUUAUCCCUAUGCAAGGAACAAAUCCACCCACCACUUAUGAUCGCCAACAAAAAGCAUGAUGAACAGCAAGUCCUCCGACCACUCCCGGUGAUCUUCCACGACGGCCGACUAGUCAAGCGCCCUACACCUUCAACCGCCCUCUUAAUCCUCCUAUGGAUGCCCCUAGGCAUCUCACUUGCCUUCAUUCGCCUAUUCAUGGGAUUGAUAUUGCCAAUGAGGGCUAUACCCUACAUGUCUCAACUAUUUGGUGGUAAAGUCAUUGUGAAAGGCAAACCACCACCGCCCUUCUCCGGUGGAAACUCAGGCGUGCUAUUCGUCUGCACUCACCGAACCCUAAUGGACCCCGUUAUACUCUCCACCGUACUCAAACGUAGGAUUCCAGCAGUCACAUACUCAUCUCGACUAUCAGAGCUCCUAUCCCCAAUCCCCACCGUUCGAUUAACUCGUGUUCGGCACGUCGAUGCUGAGAGAAUCAAGCUUGAACUAACCAAAGGGGACUUGGUUGUUUGCCCCGAAGGAACGACGUGCCGUGAACCUUUUCUUUUGAGGUUUAGUGCACUCUUUGCUGAGCUUACAAACCGAAUCGUCCCGGUGGCCAUGAACUACAGGGUAGGGUUUUUCCAUGCAACGACAGCAAGGGGCUGGAAAGCUUUGGACCCCAUAUUCUUCUUCAUGAACCCUAGGCCAGUUUACGAAGUUACGUUCUUGAACCAGUUGCCUGUGGAAGCCACGUGUUCAUCUGGGAAAAGCCCUCAUGAUGUUGCGAAUUACGUGCAGAGGAUCUUGGCCUCCACGUUAGGGUUUGAGUGCACCAACUUCACAAGGAAGGACAAGUACAAAGUGCUUGCUGGGAACGAUGGGACCGUUUCGUAUACUUCGUUUGGCGAUCAGUUUAGGAAGAUGAAUACAAAAUGAAUAAUGAAUGGUAGCAAACGAAGCGUUUAAUGCAAAGAAGACAAAGAGGCGUGCGAUGUGACAAAAUGAUGAUGACGUGUUGGACAACAAACCGGUUCAAAUGAUGACGCAGCUCCUUAGCCGUAACCACGUUGCAUCUUCGGCCGAGCCGCCACUCACUCGUAGCUCGCUCCGGUUGGAUUGCAAAUUAGCAAUAGAUCAGAAAGUACAAAAAUGUGGACGAAUUUUUAAUACAAACAAUAUUAUCUAUAUUAAAAGAAGAGGUGUGGGCUUAGUUUUGUAAUGAGUUAACAAUAAUAUGAUUUUAUUAUCUCCAACAUAAUGGGCUUAGCCUCAUAUUGGCCUAACAAUAAUAUGAUUCAAAUU